CCUAUUGUAAAUACCGCUUACACGGUUAAACUUUUUUGAAUCCCUGAAAACAAAUCUCUGAUCAUCGCACAGCAAAAUAAAUCUGCUGAAAAAACCUAAAAUAAAUCUGCUGAAAAACCCUAUCCUAGUCUCCUGUUGUUUGCAGCUCCACUGUAGUUCAAACAUGACAACCAUGUUACGCCUCAAUCUAUUCGAUAUACACCCAUUCCAUUCUCACAAACAGUUGGUUAAGCAUCCAUUUCAUUCUCGCACGUCUUGGUCAAGCCUUGCCAUUACCAAUGCCCAUACGCAGAGCCUCUUUUCACACUUUGCCUCCAACAAACUUAACAUGUCUGAGGCUGAGAUCACUCAGAUUUUCAGAAGGGCUCCCCAAUUGCAGAAUCUUCGAACCCUCGACAGCGUAGAGCAGUUUAUUCUUUUUUUGAAGAAGCGCGGCUGCACCGACGUCCAAAUUGCCAAAAUAAUGAGGAAUCAGCCCUCAAUAAUCACCGUUUCAGAAAAAAAAUUGGAACCCAAGAUCAGGCUGCUGGAAAAUUUCGGUUUUGAGGGUCAAACCCUGACGAAGCUUUUGACGAGCAAUCCACACAUCUUGGCUCAGAGCCUCGAGAAAAGCCUUCUUCCCAAAAUGAUGUUUCUCAAGAGCAUAUUUGAGACCGAGGACGCGCUCGUUAAAGCCAUGUUAAGAGCACGACAACUUAUCCGUUGUAACCUGGAGAAGGUUCUCAAGCCCUCGCUUGCUUUCUGGGAGGGAUUUGGUUUAAGCAGGGCUGAACUCUCUAAAUUCUUACGGCUGGCUCCGAGCGUACUGUUACGUAGUUCACUAACGCCUGCAGAAGCCAUUCUCAUUGAUAACAUUGGCCUUGAUAAAGGAAGCAAAAUGUUCAAAUAUGUUUUGAUUGCAGUGACCCUUAGCCGCAUGGAAACGUUGGAGGCCAAGAUAGAGAAUCUCAAGUUCUGGGGUCUCUCGACCGAGGAAAUCUGGCGACUAUUUAGGGUUGCUCCUCUAGUCUUAAAUUUCUCCAAGGAAACUGUUGGUGAGAAGAUGAAUUUUGUAGUUAAUCAUUUAAAGGAACCUGCAAAUUCUGUAGUGAAGCACCCUCUCCUGUUGCAAAAAAGUUUAGAACGGUCUGUGAGGCCCAGGUUUCUGGUGUGGCAGAAAAUCGAGUCCACCACUGCCCCCGGUCAUUCUAUUUUCAAGGUAUUGGCGAUGCCAGAGGAAAGGUUUAUAAAGUUUAUAGAAGGGCAUCCUGACUCUGAAACCCUGUGGUCAAUUUAUGAAAAUGCCGUUUCCGAUGCCCCCAGUGACACAAAGAGAUCAAGCAGAUUGAUACUGUGAGAGUCAGGACUACAAAACCACAGUAAACUUGUUUGUCUAGUCUUUGGCAGAAGGCGGCCAGGCCUUCCCCAUCUAGGUGUUGGCUGUGAGCAUUUUACUUUCUGGAGGCACCCUAUUCAACGUCAGGAGCGACAAUGUUAUCUCCUCUGCCAUUUGUUCUGUGUGUAAUAACUCUUUAAGCGAGUAUCUUAACUUCAAGUUUGCAAUAAUGAAGGAUUUGCUUUCCCAGAACAAAAUAUUGGGAAAUCACUACCUUGGGGAAUGGUUAUAGGCAAUUGGAGAGAGGAAAUGAUGGAGGCCUUUGACACUGAUGAAAUCGACGUAUGUUUUCAGGUGCUGGUGCUGUUAGCAAUCAUUACUGUAGAUUUCUUGCGAGCAAUUUAUAGUGAUAAAUUUGCAUUUACAGGAAUUUUGAUUGUAAAUAUAAUGCUCAUGGGAAAGAAUUGUAGACAUAGGAUCAUGUUCCAAAUGGGUGUCAAGAUUUGAACUCCAUUGGACGCUGUAAUGUAUGAAAAAAUCAUUCAAUUAUGUUGUCAUGAGUAUGUUUAAACCU